UUUCGUUAGAGAAAAGAGAAAUGCUCAUAUAUAGGUUGUGGGAACCAUAAUCUGAGAUCACAUCGGCGACGGCGAGGAUAUGCCAUUGCUUCCAUCAGUGCCGACUGCUGAGCGAGUGAGUGAGAAUCAGACGUCUCCGAAAUGCUGAGAAGAAAGCCCACCAAGAUCCAAGUCCAAAUCGAAGACAAGGACGAACUCGAGGAAGCCCGCAAACACACGGCCACCACCACCACGACCAACGCGGCCACCACCACCACGACCAACGCCGCCGCCGCCGCUCUCCUCCACCAACUCGACCGCCGCCCCAAAGACCCCUCCAUCUCCCACCGCCUCGGCCUCUCCUCCCAAUAGAAAACCUAAAAUCCUCUCAACAUAUAUAGCCUUAUAAAUAAAUACUAUUCUUCUUCUUCUUCUUCUUUAGUUUCUUGUGAAUCGAAGAAUCGACUGAUUCAUGGAGGUGGAGGUUAAGCUACGGCUUCCAGACGCGGUGGCCCACCGUCGCGUCACCGAUGUUCUGGCCCCAUUCCACGUCAAAACCCACCGCCAGGAGAAUUGCUUCUUCGAUGGCUCGGCCGGAGAGCUCUCGGCGAACCAAGCCACCCUCCGCCUCAGAUUCUCCGACAACCACCCGCGCUGCGUCGUGACUCUCAAGGCCAAGGCCGUGCUCGUUGACGGCGUGAGCCGCGUGGAGGAGGACGAGGAGGAACUGGAGCCGUCGAUCGGGCGCGAUUGCGUGGCGGAGCCGGGGAAGCUGAGCGGCGUGGAGUCGAGGGUUUUGGGGAGAGCGAGGGAGGAGUUUGGGGCGCUGGGGUUUGUGGGGCUGGGAGGGUUUGGGAAUGUGAGGCAAGUGUACGAGUGGAAGGGUCUGAAAUUGGAGUUGGACGAGACUGAUUUUGGGUUUGGAACUCUGUAUGAGAUUGAGUGUGAGAGCACUAAUCCUGAGGACGCCAAGCAACUGCUCGAGGAGUUUCUUAAGGACAAUGGUAUCCCCUAUUCCUACUCGGAGAAAUCCAAAUUCGCCAUUUUUCGCUCCGGAAAGCUGCCUUAGUUAUCCCAGGCAAUGAUUAUCAGACGCCAUUGAUGUGAAAGAUGUCCUGGUGUUGAUGCUAGGGUUAUAGUCAGAUUCCCUUGUCAGUUAUCAAGCAUCUUACCACCAAAUGUUGUGUCCCGUAUAAAUAAGCCUCUAAAGUUUGCAAGAAGGCCAUUUUUUUUCUUAUGUUAAACUACUAUCUUAUAAACCUCGUGGCCAGAUUUACCAA